UGAACCUGUAUGAAGAAGACUUUUAUACCGGUCAUGAAGAGAUGUGCAAGAUGUUGGAUGGUAGCCCGUCGAUAUGUUCAAGCAUUCGGAGCAUCUGCAUCGUGUCAAAGCCGCGGAAACGUCUUGAGACCUAUACAUGGUAUUCUCCAGAGUACAGGCUCGAAAUUGAUCCACGAACUCUUUCGCGGCUGCUCCAACGGAUGCCAAGACUUGCGAUCAUCGACAUGAGCGAGUGCGUCGUGGUGCCACCUGUCGCCGGCGAUGCGUCCUCCUUGUUGCCGCACUGCUGUGACAUGCCCUCGCUCGAGAAGCUCUGGUACGAACCAAGCUUCCAGGGCUCGCCGAAGCUCGAUGCGCUCUACACGCUGCUCUUCUUCCGCAACGUCCGCAUCGAAGAGCUCCUCAUCCGCGGCCUCGCGCCGAACCCGAACCUCGUGUUCGUGGAGGGCGAAGACGAGAAUGAACGGCGCCGCGAGAUGGAGAACAGGCUCGGCCAAGAGCCGUCCCCGGAGGACUACGCGCUCCUCCACCGGUGUCGCAUCGGCGUACUCGACAUGCAUCGACAUUCGUACUCCUGGUUCCCAGAGAUCGCUGAUCGGCUCCUCCUCUCCGGUGCCGCCCAUAUUCUGUCCGUUGG